AUGGUUCAAGCCCCAUCCUUCCGCUCAUUCCUAACUCUGGCCCUAGCCCUAGCCCUAACUCUCCCAACCCUCACCCAUGCAGCAUGGCAAGUCCCACCAGAAUACGCCUUGACCCCGUCUCCCAACGGCCGCUUCCUCCAAGACGCCGCCGGCUCCCCCUUCUUCUGGCAAGCCGACACAGCAUGGCUGCUCUUCCACCGGCUCAACCACACCGAAGCCGAGACGUACCUAUCCGACCGCGCAAGCAAGGGCUUCAACGUCGUGCUGGCCGUGGGCUUCACGCAGAUUGGGAUCGAUAGUCCGAACCGGAAUGGCGAUCUGCCGUUUAUCGAUGAGGAUGUUACGAGACCCAAUGAGCCGUACUGGGCCUAUGUCGACGAGAUCGUGGAGUUGGCGUGGGCCAAGGGGAUAAGAAUCUGUCUUGUGCCGAGCUGGGGGAAGUUCGUGCAUGACAACGAAAACAACCCGGGCGUCCUAAACCUCACAACAUCCUACCCCUUCGGCACCUUCAUAGGCAACCGAUACCCAUACCUCCCGAAAACCCUGGUGGGCGACACAAACCCCUACUGGCAGAACAAGACCGCCGUGCGAGACAACUACGCCGCUGGAGGCGCACCCCCCGUGUACGCGGUAACCGACUACACGCCCGUCUACGACGCCAUGGCACGCGGUAUCGUGGACGGGGAGCGCAAAGCCAUCAAUUCAUCGUCCAGGUCCCCGCUGAUGACAAUCCACCCCACGAACCAGUGGUUCGCGGGCGGACCGCUCGCACUCGCAUCGUCUUUCUUCGGAAACUACUCCUGGCUUACCCUAGACGCAAGCCAGUCCGGCCACACGGACUACGCGCCCAACCCGCCGAUCCCGUGGUGGAAUGCGCGGAGGGGAUGGGAGAGCGUUGAGCUCAUGUACGCCGCUGGAAACGAGACGGGUCGUGUCCUCCCGGUCAUCGACAACGAGCCGCAUUACGAGAACCGCUAUAAUAACGGCAAGGCGGGGAAUGUGGCGUGGAACGCGAGUGAUGUGCGCGUUGGGAGUUGGCAGGCUGUCUUCUCUGGCGCCGCAGGUUUAACAUACGGCGCAAAUGCCAUCCAGCAGAUGGCCAUCCCGGGACUGUUUGAGUCGGAUGGGACGGGGCCCAGCGAUGACUGGGCGGCGGAUCUGGUCUUGCCUGGGUCCAGCCAGAUGCAGUUUGUCCAGAAGGCGAUGUUGGAUAGAGGGGACAGCACGUCCACGUACAACAACCGCAUUCCAGCGCAGGAUAUUAUUCUCGGGGAUGCUGGGACGGACGAUAAACGGGUUACUGCGACGAUGGAUAGCAACGGUGGUUGGAUUAUGGUGUAUACGCCAACGGGCGAACCCUUUGAGAUUGAUACAGGCCGGUUGAGUUCGUGUGAUGUGCAGGCGAGCUGGUAUGACCCGCUGGAUGGAGAGUAUACUGCCUUUGCGUUUGAUGGAUGUGGUGAUGUGGUUCGAUUUGAGGCGCCUGCUAGGGCUGGGCAUUUGGAUUGGGUGCUUGUUCUGGAGGUGGGUGAGGUUGAUUAA